GAAUGGCCAAGACCCCGACGUGGGCCGGUUUCUUCUUCCUCCGUGUCAAGUUUGGAUCUCAGGCAUGUGCCCGACAAAUCCGCUUUUACGUAUGCCACGAUCAUUGAGUUCCUUCACAAACUCUAGGUAUGGGUAUCUUUCCGGUGAUCCUGAUCGGGCGAUGGAGGAGUUUCCACGCGAAUUUGAGCCUCCACAUUGGUGAUUCAACAGUGUUUGAGUUGCAGGUAGCAUCACCGUAUGCUAUUUGGCUGCCGGGCGAUGCAAACGCUUCCCUGGGACCGAUGUUGUCAACUGGUUCAGUCGCGUGCUUGGGCGAGUCUUAUGCCAACUGUGAUACUACUCGUCAAGCAGCUCGAGCUACCCUUUCUUCUCAUCAACACGUGAAACUGUCCAUAUGCUCUCCUCAAGAUCUCGAGAUCCCGCCUCUUGGCCAAAAAAAAAAAAAAAAAAAAGAACCGUAUUGUUGUUGAGCCACCUAAACGAUCCAUCUGGCUUUGGUUAAAUUGAUUUAGCCGACCGGGCUGAACCUUGUAGCCUUUUGGAUGAGCUUCAGACGACGUGUUCUAUCUGCUGAUUCAUAACACUUUAUUGGAUGAUCUCUUUUUGACAUGCUGCUACUCCAUGAUACUGUGUUGAAGAUAUUUUUAAGAUUUUUUAAGAACGUAUAUCAGUGGCAGGCAGUUGGUACCGCUAGAUAGUUGGCAAUGUUGAUACCAUAAACAUGAGCUGAUAUUCCGCACAUUGGUUGAUGUACAGCACAUGUAGUUUUCGGCAUACACAAGCUCGCUUGAUCUCGCUAUCAUCACCAUCACAGGACAGUCUCAGUCUCCUAAAUGUGUAUCUACAAUAAAGUAUCUGCUGCUCUUUGGGUAUCGCAAUAUUCGUCUAAAGUCUAAAAUUCAGUUAUACAGGCUCAAGUAGGCCACAAAGGCCGAAUCAAUAAAAGAGCUGUACCCAGCCCCUGGUUCAAUGGCUAGAUGGAUGUCUUACAAGCAAUCACCUGAGAAAUCAUGUGCGCCAUUGUACGCCACAGCCAGCAGCCCAAUUACCCAAAUAAGAAAUACGAUGCGCCACCAACGGUCCAUGUGCCAUGUUAUGGAUUCUUCAGCAGCAGCAGACUCCAUGUGCCUAAGCAGCCACAAAAAGGUGCCCGGUGCGCCCCAGCACGGGAACCCCAAUUAGACGAAAGCAAUAGCGAGAUGAUGAGCCCGCCGUGGCUACCAAACGCCGAGAUCAAUAACCUCUGGGCUUCCAUGACUCAUGCCACCCAUGCAUUUCGCUCGGCGCAACUGGAAGAGCUACUGUUAGCAUCACCGGUGCUAGUAGCACAGGCUUCUAGUACAAGUAGUUCGAUUCGAUCGCUUGCAGUAGCGGCCUAUGGACAGCUUCUUCGUCCGGACGCCGAAAAAGCCCUGGCUUGCAAGGUGUUCCCCGUACAUGUACUGGCGCCAAAGAAGGGCAAGUAUGGGGGAGUUGGCUUUAAUGGAGCCCUUGGGCUCUUCAGCUGGACCCUUAUAAAAUUCGAUUUCUCCAUGGAUUUCGAAGGCGGUCUGGCUUUCUAGCUUCUUGGCUUUAAAUAAACAACAAGCUCCGAUCAUUACAUAGAGAUGGUGAUGAAGAGGAACGGCCCCUUACUGAGCUACCUUGAGUCUAUGGCCCUUUAAUUCGCUCUACUGAAACGCUCAGGUGACAGCUGAAGCUUUGCUGUCCAAGAAAUCACAUACAUUAAACCCACGGGGCUUCUUUACAGUAGUAAUUAUUUAUUAUUUUUUUGUUUUUACAUUUCGAAGUAGGUAGUAACGUGUUGUAUCAACAUCCGCCCUCAUGACAACCGCCUUAGAUGCCCUACUCCGCAUAGAGCGAGAGUCCAUCACCAUUGUCAGUGUUGGGCCAACAAUCGUCUUGUCCAGCACAAGGUGAUAUUGGUAAUAGUCCCAAUCUAUUAAUCCGCCUUUACUACCAAACCAAGUCGCUGCAAGUAACCAGCGCCUAUAAAGCAACAACUCCAGCAUUACAUAAACAAACCCAUGCUUUCGACCGAGCCCCCGUUCCCACUCCAACUCCCCUCGUGCCGAAUACCCAGUAACAAGCCGUGCCGCCAACCCGCAAAUACGCGCCUACCACAUACAUGCAAAAAAAAAAAAAAAAAAAAAAAAAAAACAUACAACAUAGCAGUACAAGUAUAUCCGCCCCAAAAACACCCUCGUCCUCUGUUUUGCCCCAAUGAGGCAAGUACCAGGUAAUCCAGGCGUUUUCAGGAGGUGUGGUCUGACGCCGCAUGGCUAGCGGUUAUUUACCACACUGCAAACAUGAUAUUUCGUAAGCCCAGUCAUCAAAGUCUUACUUUUUGGCUCGUAUAACACGCUUGCGUAUCUACAGCACAGGCACAGGCAACUACACGAUGAUAAAAAUGCAUCCUUGCAAAACUGGCAGGUUACGCGC